AUGGACAUCGAUAGCCUAUUCAAGCCAGAGAUUGCGGCCGCUGGCGUACAGCUCGUCCCAUCCGCACCCAGCAAGAAGCGCCCCUCGGAGGCAGGCGCUCUGGGUGCCUCGCAGUCCAACUCGGCCAAGAAAAUGAAGAUGCCCGUUCCACAAGACUUUGAGGCAUCCGACGACAGCGAUAGCUCGGUGCUGCCGCGGGGAUGGACCAGGAUGAAGAAGGAAGAUCUGGACAAGGACGUCAUCAUAGCCCCGGACGAGGACGACGAUCGAUUCAUGGGCGAUGGCUUGAGCGACGAGCAACGACGCAUCUUGGAGCUCGUUGACGCCGCCGAGGACAUCCCCGAAGCGAUCGACUUGUCGACCCUCAAGAAAAUGGUCCUCAAGUUCGAGAAAGCCGUCAACAAGAACCAGGAGCUCCGCAUGAAACAUGGCGACAGGCCACAGAUGUUUAUGGAGUCCGAGGCCGAUCUGGACGAGGAAACCAAAGGGCUGACGGCAAUUUCGUCCGUGCCGCAUCACUACCCGGUGCUAGUGGAGCUGGGGACGCUCGGAACGUUGCUAUCGCUCCUCUCGCAUGAAAACACCGACGUCGCCAUGACAGCGGUUGAGGUCCUGAACGAGCUCACGGAUGAGGACGUCGUGGGCGAGAUUGACGAGAACGAGGCCGCAGUCGAGGGCAUGUCUGUGCUGGUGAAGGCACUGGUUGAGAACCAAGCACUGGAGUUGCUGGUGCAAAACAUGAGUCGCCUGAACGAAAACAAUGCUGAAGACAAGCAAGGCAUUUUCAACACACUGGGCGUCGUCGAAAACAUGAUCUCGGUUGACCCCUCUGUCGCCGAAAAGGUCGUUGCCCAGACCCAGCUCAUGCCCUUCCUCCUGGCCCGCAUUGGUCAGCGCGGAUUCGACAGCAAUCGCCAAUAUGCAAGCGAGCUGCUCUCGAUUCUGCUCUCGAGCUCGAGCUCGAACCGGCGCAAGCUCGGGGAGCUGAACGGCAUCGAUACGCUGCUGGUGGCUUGUGCCUACUACAAGAAGCGUGACCCCACCCAGCUCGACGAGGUUGAGCUGAUGGAGAACAUUUUCGACUGUCUAUGCUCGGCCCUAAGUCUGGAAAGCAACAAGGCUCAGUUCUUGGAAAGCGACGGCAUUGAGCUGAUGCUAAUUAUGCUCAGAGAGAAGAAAAUGUCGAGAAUGAAGGCCAUCAAGGUCCUCGACCACGCCCUGAUGCGAGCAGAGCAAGAUCCAGGUGCAGACAGCGCCGAUGCAGACGCAGUGGCUUCUCCCGAAAGCAGCGCCGUCCACCGGGGCUGCUACCGAUUCAUCGAGGCCCUGGGCCUCAAGACGCUCUUUGCCAUUUUCAUGAGAAAGGGUCUCAAGGCAUACAAGAAAGAGUACAAGACCUUUUCCGAGCGCGAGGACGAAGAGCACGUCAUGUCGAUCAUGGCAUCGCUCCUCAAAUACGCCUCGUCUGAGAGCACCCACCCAGGGCAGCGAAUCCGCGUAUUCAACAAGUUCACGGAGGGCGAUGGCGAGAAGGUCGACCGCCUCAUCGAGAUGUAUGGGUCCUACCAGGCCAAGAUCUCGGCGCAGGACUCGCGCUCAGACGAGGACAAGAAUGACGAUGACAAUGACGACGACGAUGACGACGACGACGGUAUCCAAAAGUACCUCGACCGCCUCGAAAACGGACUGUUUACGCUUCAGCUCGUCGCGUUGGUGGCUGCAUUUGUGUGUUCUGGAGACGAAGGCGAGCAGGCAAGUAGUAGCCUGCGUUGUAGGGGGGAGGAGGAGGACACUGGGUUGCUGUCCGGCUGA